AUGAAGCUGUCGCUGAACAGGCGCAAGCCGCGCCCACAUCCGGCCGGCAUCCCGAUCUAUCCAGAUAGGACGAGGAGGCCAGUCUUCGCACUGAUUCUCCAAAUCUUUGGAGUGAAAAAUUACGACCAGAUCUGGUUUGAUUUCCGCUUCGAGGUGCUGCGAAUGUUCCGGCAACAACCGGAGUUGUGGCCCCUCGAGAUCCCGUCUAUGCCGGAGCUCGCCGAGAAGGGUGCUUACGCCCCCGGAUUCACGUACUCGCCCGAGGAUCUGCAGCAGAUUCUGGACUACGCCGAGGCGAGAGGUAUCCAGGUCAUCGUCGAGAUCGAUAUGCCUGGACACAGCACGUGUUGCAGGAAGACGUGGGGAAUGAAGGAGAGGUUCGCCCGGCUUGAGGUUCCGGCAACGGCGGCGUGUCAGGAAAAGUGGUAUCGCGAGAUGGUAUAUUGA